GAUUGAAGAAAAGAUGUGGAGUGGACUCCUGCCUCCUGGCCUAAAUGAAAGUGAUAUUGAAUCAAAUUCUGAAGAUGAGGCCACACCACAGAACUUUGAUCAUAAUUUAGAGGGACAAAAAGAGCUUGGGACCAUUGGAGAAACAGAAAUCUCAGGUUUGUCAGCAGAUGGAUCACAAACCGAAAAAGAGGCCAAAGCAAAUGCAUAUGAAGAGUGCCCUUCUGGAAUUCCCUUAGAUAUGUGGAACAAAUUUCAAGAAUUGCAUAAAAAACAUUCUGAACAGAAAACUUCAGCCUCAAGAUUCAGAGUGAGAAAGAGAAAAUGCUCCAGAAAAGGUAAAUUGAAGAAUGAUAAAAAAUCUAAUAGUGAGCAGUCCUUAAAUGAAACCCAGUGGAAAGAGUUUACUCAGUACUUCGGAGCCAAUGAUAGAUUUGAACCCCCUGUUAAAAAGAAAAAGGUUGAAAAGUCUGGCCUUGAAAAGAAGACAGACCAGGCUGUGCAGGAGUGGGAUGUUGAGAAGGCUGAGGAACUCAGCAACCAGCUGACUACUUGAGAGCUUGGUGUAAAAAUUGCCAAAGCAAUUGCCUGUCACAAGUUUGUAACAGCCAAAAGGGACACUGAAAACUCACAGGAUGCUCGAAAAAAGAAGAAACUCGCAUGGGGAUUUGAAGCAAAGAAGAGAUGGGAAACCAAAAGCAACAUGGGAUAUAUGUAACUGGGCAGAAUUCUUCAAGACACAUGU